AUGAAAGAACGCAUGUGGAAAAAGGCAAAUGGAGCUAGAGUGAAGACUGUGGUUGAUGCUGCAAUUGCAAAUGGCAUGUACGUCAUCAUUGACUGGCACUCGCAUUAUGCCAAUCAACAUCAGAAUGAGGCCAUUGUGUUCUUCAAAGAAAUGGCAAAAACUUAUAGCAAAGUAAAUAAUGUCAUCUACGAAAUUUGGAAUGAGCCAAAGGAUGUUACAUGGAAGGACAACAUAAAGCCGUAUGCAGUAGCUAUAAUUAAGGCAAUUCGGGCUAUUGAUAAAAAAAACUUGAUUGUUGUGGGCACAUCGACUUAUUCUCAGGACGUUGAUGUGGCUGCAGCUGAUCCCAUUACUGGCUACAACAAUAUUGCUUAUGCUUUACAUUUUUACUCUGGGACUCAUCAUCAGGAGUUGAGGAACAAGGCAUCAAAUGCUCUUCACAAAAAUAUCGCUUUAUUUGUGACGGAGUGGGGAGCUGUUAAUGCAGAUGGCAAUGGCGGUGUUGCUGCCCAGGAAAGCAGUGCCUGGGUUAAUUUUAUGAAAGCCAACAAGCUGAGCAAUGCCAACUGGUGUAUCCAUGAUAAGCCGGAAGGUGCUUCAGCUUUGAAUCAGGGAGCGAGUUCUGAUGGAGGAUGGCGUGACAACAACCUCACCGACACAGGAAAAUUUGUGCGCAAUUUGAUCCGAAACUGGUAUAAGUGA